UGGCGUCGUCCAGCCCGAGCCGAUCGGUGUCGACGACGGACCAAGGCUCUCCCGCACGGAGGAGUGGAGACGGAGGCAAAUCUGGCGGUGGCUCUCCGCUGCUUGGCUACUUGGCUACUUGGCUACUUGACUGCUCUGCUGCUUGGCUGCUUGACUGCUUUGCUGGACCAGCCCAUGUUUCUCACACUCGGGCGGCACGAACAAACCAGCACAGGUUCCUCAAGAAUACCUCGGGGCCACCACCAACCGCAAAUCAUCUUGCGAGCUGUGCACCGCCUGUGGUUCUCGAAGCCCGCUCGCACGCUUGCCCGCCUCCACCAACGCAUGAACCGCCAAGCAUUGUGUUGAGCGGGAGCGGCCAGGAUUGGUUGAUUGGUUGGCGCAACGCAAGCUUCGCCGAUAUCCUCUCCUCCGAUGGCGCCCAGUGCGUCUGCCUUGCGCUUCUUGGGUUGACAUCCUUUGCCCAUCACGUAUUCCACCGCACCAGUAUGAAAGAUCUACCUGCACCGAUUAGCCUUCUCAAGGACCAGCUCAAGCCGGGCGAGAGCGACGAGGCCAAGCCCCUCGACGUCGCCAGGGCCUUAUCAGCCCCGCGCACUCCCAGGACCCCGAGAACUCCCAGGACUCCCAGAACUCCAAGUACCCCGGUGCAGGUUCCGCAGUUUUAUACAAACCGCAAGCGCGAUCCAGAUAACCCUUCUGCUGCUCUGGAAGAAAACGAGCGGGAGGCAGGCAAGCUUCUCAGUGCCGUGCUGAAGCGGCUGAGUGUCACUCGGCGUGCGAGCAGUGAGGUGCCUGAAGCCAUCGGCGGGGCUGAUCAAGGACGAAUCAGCCCCGAGCCGGAUGCCGGCUCGACGACUGCUGGGGGUGAGAGUAAAAAGCGAGCCAUCCAUCUCAAGAGCAAGAUUCAGUUCCAAGUCGACCGAAUCGGAGACUACGGCAUCUCAAAGAUCAUUGGCGAGGGCGGCUUCGGCAAGGUCAAGCUUGGAACCUGCGGCCUCACUGGAGAAAAGGUGGCAAUCAAGUGUCUCCCGAAAGAGAAUCUCAAGGCACCAGGCGCAACAGAGCGCAUCCUACGGGAGAUCCUUGUGAUGGGCAGCUUGAACCACCCCAACAUCGCCAAGCUUCUCCAGGUGUUCGAGACAUCCUCGAUGAUCUUUCUGGUGCUUGAGUAUGCCCCUGGCGGCGAGCUCUUUGAGUAUGUGGUCAAGCACGGCAAGCUCUCCGAGCCAGUGGCCCGAGUCAUCUUUCGCCAGAUGGUAUCUGGGGUCGGAUACUGUCAUCAGCGGGACGUUGUCCAUCGAGACUUGAAGCCCGAAAACGUCCUCUUUGAUACCCAUGGAAACAUCAAGAUCAUCGACUUUGGAUUCACCAAUGCUGCCGAAUCAAACGGCGAACUCUUGGAGACCUUUUGCGGAAGUCCAGCCUAUGCAGCCCCAGAAAUGCUGGCGGGCAAGAAAUAUACAGGCCGCGAAGUCGAUGUUUGGUCGCUCGGUGUGAUCCUCUUUGUUAUGGUAUGCGGGCAUCUGCCCUUUGACGACCGCAACAUGUCUCGGAUGUAUCUCCACAUCAUGACUGGAAAGUACACCAUCCCGGAGCACCUGAGCCCUGAGCUCGCAGAUAUGCUCAGAUCGAUUUUGAACGUCAACACUGGCCACCGCAUGACCUUGGAUCAGAUUCGAAGCCAUACAUGGGUAACCGAUGGUGCACGGCUCCCUGAUAUCGAGUAUAACCCCCCGAUCCAGCCAGACGAGGAAAUGGAGGCGGCAGCGCUUGCCGAGCUCGAGCGGCUAGGGCUUCCCUCCGCCAGCGUAAUCGAGGCACUUGGGAAACAGGAGCCCAGCUAUGCAUCCGCAAAGUUCUGGCUCGUAAUGCGCAGGCUCGAGCAGGGCAAAGCCCCGGUCAGCGAGUUGGAAAGAGCAUGGAAAGUCCCAAAGCAUGCUCCAGAGCAAUCCCUGGCCGGUCCGGAGCCAGCAGGGAUGGAUAUCGAGGAGCCUAUCGCACACACAGCGCUGCAAGAGAUUCAGGAAGAUACUGAAGACACCGAGGAGAGUAUCGAAUCCCACUGGACAACCCGUGAACCCGAGGCCAAGCGAGUGGCCGCUUCGACAUCGGCUCCCGCUUCGACCACGGCUACAACAGUCAACGCUCCGACAGAGACCCGCAAGCUUGCAGUCAAUACCGACCUCAAUCUGUUCGAAGCUCCCACACAGGACCACGCCAUGUUCACACCACGCAGUGCCACCACCGAGAAUCCCGAGAGAGUCCUAUGCUCACCGUCAAAGACUCGACUCAAGGCUGUUGGCGUGUCCAGCUACAGCUACGCAUCGCCGACCGAGCCCGGACUGUCUUCGACCAAGGCUCAUAGCCGAUUUGCGGUUGUGGAGCACACACGCAAGUCACCUCAAGCAGCAACUCUUCAGACAGCCGCACAACCGGAACCACUCGAGAAGCCCGCCCUGGGUUUGCGUAUGGGGACACGCAGUCUUGUUCUCCAAACCACCCAGACCAAGGUCAUUGUCGAAGCACACGUCCUCGGGGCUCUCGACAGAGGGAAGAUCAGAUACAAGCGCUCUGAGGAAGCGGAUGUGGUUGCGUACGACUGCCGCUGGUUUCCACUCCCUCAAAAGUAUUCCAUGCACUCGCCAGACCAUCGCCCGGCUGAUUCGCCAUCGCUCCUGGAGACUGCCAGGAGCCCGGAGGAGGCCGUUGGACUUAUGCUCGACCAGAUGCUCAGCGAAGAUAAAACUCUGGAGUUUCGGCUUCAGAUCGAUGAGCAUCAAAUGCAGGUAAUAGAAACGGGCGAGCUUGUGCCUGGAUUCGAUUUUAUGGGCGCAAUCCGAUCGUUGUUCGACAAGCAACGCUUGUAGCUUGGUACUCUCUAUCUGUAAAAGUUAUCAAGGAUUGGAUUUGGGGUACGAGUCGACAGUUGUUUGAAUCGAGCAUAUCUACACAGCAGCUUGCAAUGCACUGUAGCUCUGGACAAUGCAGCGGAACACGAUGCGAUACUAUAACCAG